CAGCUGUACGAACCAGUGGCACCGACACAGCAAACCAGUUGCGCCAGCACCGUGCUGGUAAUGUCUCUCACGCAGAGGAGGCGGCGCACGCAGCGGCCUCUCAGCGCCACGGGCACCGGCCACUAGCGGGGGGGGGAUUACGCGGAGGCAGAUCGUGCACCACAGCGGUUCCAUGCCCGUGUAGCCACUCGCCGGAGGAAUGCGAGGCCUGUGCGGGGCUGUGGAGAUGGGACUGUUCCUGCACGCCGUGGGCUCCGUCACCCCCACCGAGUCCGCGGUGGACCGGAGUCUGCUGCACUGUGAAGGCGUUAAUAACCAGAGCUACAUCUGUGAGUCGGGACACUGCUGCGGAGAGUCUCAGUGCUGCAGCUACUACUAUGAGCUCUGGUGGUUUUGGUUGGUGUGGGCGAUCAUCUUCAUCUUGAGCUGCUGCUGCGUGUGCCACCAUCGCCGCACCAAGCACCGGCUGCAGCAGCAGCAACGGCAGCACGAGAUCAACCUCAUCGCUUACCGUGAAGCACACAACUACCCCGCUGUGCCCUUCUACUUCAGGUUUCUGCCAAACUACCUCCUGCCUGACUAUGAGGAGGUGGUCAAUAGACCACCGACUCCUCCCCCACCCUACAGUGCCUUACACACUGGCCCAUCCUCAGUGGCUUCUAGUCCCCUGGUUUCUGAGCCGCAGGAGGGACACUGUCCAGCCAUCCAGCCUACUCCUCUGCCCCAGGUCUCUGAAGGUCUGUGUUGCAGACCCAGCACAGAGGAAGCACAACCUCCCACUUCAGACUUAAGGCCAAAGCCUGACAUCAAGGCCAUGCAGACUCCACAAGAUUCAGGCGUGAUACUCCUCUCAGAUGGGCUCAGUAGGGAGGCACUCACCAGCCAGGAGAAAAGAAGCGGAGAUGUGGAAGAGUCUUGCAAGGACCCCCUGCUGAAGGACCUGUCAGAGGGUUGCGCUGAGGACAAAGAUCGGCUCCCCAAUGGAAGGAGGAGGCGAUUCACAGGGGACUCUGGGAUUGAGGUGUGUGUGUGCAGCACACGCAGGAGCGGCAGUUGCAGUGGAGUAGGAGGGACGGGCCAGGAAGGCAAAGAGUUGAGGGAGCUGGAGAGCCUGCUUGGGCGCGAGGGACAUGGCGACAACGACGAGGAGGAGGGGGAGGAUGCGGGCGACUUCUGUGACAGCUGCGGUCAUCGGGCCUCCUUCAGCGCAGAGGAGGAGCAGGUGCCGGGUGGGCUGGAGAGGCAGGCCGCUCGUGGACCUUCAGGAUCUCCUCAGGCGGCUCAGCAGAUAGGCAGCGGCUCGCUCCACCCUCCUGUGUGCCUCCUCCUUCACACCAUCAACGAGCAGGAGGGGCCACACUACAGCACCAGCACUGAGCCGCAGGGCUGAAACACAGCUGGCACGGUGUGGUCAUAGAGGGAAGGAGAGCACUUAGGACAGGAUAUAGAGGCACGUGCUUUUGUAUUUAAGUGUAUUGUGUCUAAAUGCUUUCUCAGUGAGUAUUUCUAUGAAUGUGUGCAUCUUAGAUAAAACGGGUGUGGAGGAAGUGGAAUCUCAACUGAAGCGAGUGAGAUCCAAAGGUUCCUUACUGGAACAGUGGCCUUAACCUGUGUAUGUUGGGUUAGUUGGGCCGUAAAAGCCCUCUAACAGCCUGUGGCAAUUGAGACUUCUCACACUGCUCACAAACACACACAGUCUGUCAGAUGUCCGUCUCAUACAAUGGAGUCUACUGACAGUCAAAGACUUGAUAGCCGAAGCUGUGAUGUCAGAACAGGACGUUCACUGCCUAGGAUGAACUGAGCUCCUCCUCAAUGGGUGCUUGUAACAAAUCUGCAAAGCCGCUCUUUCCGUUAUAAUAAAAAGACAAAAAACACACCCAGCAGGAACAUUUUGAACGAGUGGAAUGUGGAAGUACCACAGUGUGUGUUUUUUAUGCAAUCUGAUACUGUACAGGGACACCUGAACAAGACUGCGUGGGACGUCCUGUUAGACACAUGCUUCUCAAGUGCUUUUUCAGCGAUUUAAAAACCGCUUUGCCUUGUUCCCAUUUUGUUGUUCCUUAUCUUCCCUGCUAGCGAUAGUGUAAGUGCAUUAACAGAUCUUUAUGUGAGCAGUUCCUAUUUUGCACAAAAUGUAUUUAGCUAUAUAAAUGGAAAAAAAAGUCAAGACAACUAUUUUUUUCCUAAACUAAAAGUCUUAAAGGACCGAUAUGAAAGUUUUGCGUUUGGCUACAUCUCCAACAUUAGCAUUAACAGCUGUCUUCUUAGCAGGCUUGAAGAAAUAUUUUAGGUUCAGACUUUAUUCCUUUACUCGCAGCGAAAAGUGGAAAUCAGAGUGAAUGUUAACUCUUGUUUGGCCUCUAUUUCUGUCACUUGUCACUUCAUCAUCUGUUGGCGAGUCACUGUAGCGUCCAGGCUGCCCUGAAAAGGUAGUGCUGCUCAGAGGGCAUUGUACGGCCUUUUUUUUUUUCUUCUUGUAAAUGCAACAAUUCAUAAACCACCACCAAACCAGUGCAGAAAAACGUACAUUUAGCACCUUUAGAUUUUAGUUAGUUUCUUAGGGUUUCGUUGCAACAUCUUUAAGAAGUUGACUUCUGUAAAUUGUUUGUAUACAAUCAUUUUAAAACUUGAUUUGAUGAAUGUUUGUAGAAUGUGCCUACCCCAAAACAUGCAGAAUGUUGAACGAUUAGCCUCACUGAAAGUGAGUGUCAGCAAUCAGGUACUAAAACCAAGGAAAGAAUGUUACGCUUCAGAGAUUACAACUGAGAUGGGCAACAUCAGACCUCAAACUUUUGUGUCAGUCACUUCAAUAGAUUACCACCUUCACCAGCUACACAGUAUAAAAACAAAGAUUCACACUCUUAAUGUUUCAUAUCAGCUCAAUCUCUACCAUUCUCUACUCGUAGUAUCCAUUGAUUGAACACAUGUUAUAGUUUCCAGUUAAAGGAUUUUACCCACAAGUGAUUCUGUAAGUCUUUUUUUGUUGUAUAGGACAGGAAAUUCCUCAUUUAAAUUGUCCACAAAACGUGCAUUCAACCACACGUGGUAAAAUACACAUUUUCUUUCAACAGCUGCAGUCAGGUGUGUGGGGAAAGAACCUCUGUGAGGCAAGAGAACAGAUAGAAAAUGUAUGUAGUUUAGAUAAAUUCAUAAAGAAAUGAUUAAAACAAACACCAUUUAAGAUAAUACAUCACCGUAUGAGUGCCAAAAUUUGAUUGAAACACAAUGUGGUUAACAAGCAAUAUGUGUUAUUCUUCAUGGUGGAUAUAAAAAGAUCAUUUAGAAAAAGCAUAAAAAUAAUAGAAGUUGAUUAUAAUGAAAGCAUCUUCACUGGAAAACCAGUUAGUUGAAUGUUUAAAGUCAAACCUCCAAAUAUCACAAGAUAAUAGUUUUUCAUCGAUACACAAAAUGUUGAUUGAUGACAAAUGUGCACAUGAAACAUGAAUUGCCCACAGAGGAGAAAGUGGACGUGAUGUGUGAAUCUUUCACAAAGUAACUUUUUGUUUGCCCACUGUGAAAUGAAUUGGAUCUGGUGAUUCUAAAUGCUGUUGAGCUGUAGCAAUGUCGUUUUCAAGACUCUCCGAUAUUGUGAUGUCUGCUUAGCACAAAUGUGUAGGUCUCUCACAUUUAUACUAAAUAUACCAUGAAACAAUCAAACGCAAGGUGUCUCCCAAAAGCUCUGGGCACAAGAUAAGAAAACUAAUAUAACUUUCUGUAAUAAUAAUGAGAUGACUGAAUUUUACUCAUCUAAGCCUGAACACACUUUAAAGUGCUUUAUACGCUUUUUGUGACCUAGAAAAUGCAAUUGUGGUACAUGUAGUACAAAGAUGAGCUAUUUUCAUAUCGGCUGAAUCCUUUAAAAGAUAUUCUAACUGUAUAAAAAUGUCAAAACCACUUUAUAUUUGCAAAUUGAGGACAAUAUUCUGUAACAUGUUUGUGAACCAAAAUAGUUGCUGUCGUCAUUUUUAUGGAAUCAGUAGCUUUAUUGUUAUGGACAGAUUUUCUUAUGUCAUUGUGGGUAUUAUUAUUGUUAUUAAUAUUUUUCUUCUGUUGAGAAAAGAUGUGUGAAGGGUUCAUGUAACUAACAAUACACUAGACAAGUCUUUGAUAACAAGAUCAGGGGCAUCUCGCCAAAGACACUUUUUCUUUCUUUACCAGUGUGUAAGGUGGUUUUGCACAUAUUAUUUGAAUGUUCUGAUCAUAAGCCAUUAAUUACAAGUACCAAGAUGGAUGUAUGUUUAAUAAACAUACUCUUUUAAAUUCAA